UUCUGGCUCCAGUGCCCCACAGCUUUUGUUACAACUUCGCUCCUUUUGAAAUAAUGACAUCUCGAUCUCCGCCAGCUAAAGAUACACAGCAAGAAUGGCUUGUGGUGGAUUGGUCAUCAGAUGCUGCAACGCAGUCGCCGGACCUGGUCAGAAGAUCUUCCACCAGUGGAGUACAAGAAACUUUGGCGCUUUUCGAGACACGCGAUAGUGAGGGCCUUCCACAGCGGCCGCCGAUUCUUAGUUCUGCCGGGUUCAAGCUGUGCUUCCUUCCCGAUGUCGCCACGGUGGCAGGCGACACUAGACUUGUGCAGACACUAACGGAAAACUUUCGGGUCCCUUCAUUCUUUUGGGAGAGCCUGGGAACCGAGGCCAAUGGCUUCUUCCGUGGUCAUCGCGAAGUGAUGUCGCUCGGGGGGCCGCCUUUCUAUUCGACCGUCUCUCGAUUUUUGAUCAAAUCUGUCGACCAGGUGCCAAAUCGCCUGGUGGACUAUCACUGGCAGUAUGCUGCGUUUGCUUCAUGUUGGUCGAAAGCUCAGAAUGGCGAUCCCGUCGUCGUACUUCUCUGCUUCGACAUGUACCGAGAGCAAAGCGAUGGAAAGCCGCGCGGGUUGGCUCGCAAUAUCAAGCACGCAUUCGAGCAACAGCAGACUUCCGGAAACCUGAGCCAUAUAGCAAGCUGUCCUCUUGGAAUAUACAGUGUUCUCAUUGCUACACUGUUGUCAGAAUUUGACGCUGAAUUAUGGGGCUUCAAGAGUCCUCUGCGCGACUUUGAAAAGAAUCGACUGAACGCCACGAAUGAGGACCAGGACCUCGGAACUCGCUACGGAAAGAUGCACGAAUUGUCAAGGCACAUCAUCCACAUGUCCGAAACUAUCGAAGUGACAGCACAGACAAUCGAGCAGAUUGUUGUAACUCAUCAGCGCUGGUCCAAGCGAGAAUUUGUCUCCUCCGCACCACCGUCGAUGGCUGCCGUCGACCAGACUGAGCAGGGUGAUCGUAGCAGUGACGAAGCAAACAUUGAAGAGGAACUUCUUUUCGACCUAACUCUUUUCAGGAAUUUGAAAUUGCGAGCCAAGUCAUUCGAGAAGCGUCUUCACAAUGAGAUUCAACUGGCGUUUAAUUGGGUCGCAGCACAAAACAGCGCCAUCCAGCAAGAAUUACUCUUCGCCCAGCAGGUAUCUCUCAACGCGGGAAAGUCUAUUCGGAGGACCGUAGAGAUUGCAUCCAUGACGUUUCUACCGGCCACAUUUCUCACUGGCGUGUUUGGCAUGAACAUGCCCACCUUCACUGGCGAUAGUUGGUCCGAUAUGAGCUGGGAACUUGGGGGUGUCCUGAUCGCAUUACUGGCAGCUAUCAUGGUCGGCAUCCUUAUCAUAUAUCUUUUUGGCGGGGAUCAGGACGAAAGGCAGAGAAAGGACGGUAAAGUGCGCGAGGAGCAGAUCAAUUACCAAGUGGCCGGCGAACUAGCGACUCGUUCGAGCAUACGUCGUCGAGCAAGCAAGCGUUGGAAUCGGCUCGCGCAGCAUUUCAUGUUUUCGUAGGUAGCUACAUCCACGGAACAAGAGCCAGGAAAAUCCUUUGAGGUGUGCAUGACGCCCUGGCGGCUUAUCGGUAUAGUUGAAUGAUCUAUUGGUUUUCUCAGAGAUUGCCAUGAGCCGUAGGUCCUUUCCUGGCGCCGUGCGUAUGACAAGCUUGGCGGAGGGCGAAAGUCUUUCUUGACUGCUUCAGAGUCUAGAAUUGAACAAAUAUACCAGUAU